AGUUCAAUUAUAGGCGAUACUCCUAAGCGGACGAGUCUAAUCAGAUAAGAGAAAAACGUCGCACUGCUACAGAAAGUCUGGAAUGAGCGCUUGCAGUUGUAGUAAAACAUAUCGAAUUAUUAGUCUAUAGAUCUCUUUGUUUUCUUCUCUGUACAAUCCUGUACAUUUACAAAUGGACGACGUAAAUUGUAUAAAAGAGAAGUUACAAAAUGAUCCGGACGAAAAAUCUAUAGUCAAACUAUUCAAAAAGCUCGAUAAACUUGAAAUUACAUUAGAAAUUCUUUGUAAAACGAAAAUAGGAAAGGUAGUCAAUAGUUUUAGGAAACAUGAUGGACGCGUCGGCGAUAUGGCUAAAUUUUUGGUGACAAGAUGGAAAGAAAUGGUUCCACAGAAUGUCAUGUCAUCAAACCCUAAUAAUACUGGAUCGCCAGGUAGCAUCAUUCGUACAGAAACAGUAUCAGAGACAAACCUUGACGUCGACAAGGCUCCGAAAAUAGAUGUUAUGAAAAAAAUCUCACCAGAAAAGACAAGAGAAAAAGAUUCAGAUCAUAAGAAAGAUAAGAAAAGAGAGCGAGAAAAUCGAAAAAGAAAUCAUUCGCAAUCUGUCUCAUUUGAUGAUCAACUAAAUUACGACAAUUCGAAACCUCAUAAAUCUAAGAAGAAAAAGAAAUCAAAGGAUAAGGACAGAGAACAUACUCACACGCACACACCUAAGCCAUGUAUAGUUCCUGAAGUUCCCAAAGUUCCUGAGGUUGUUCCUGAAAUUAAAAUGCCUUCUCCAAAACCUGAAAAAAUUGACAUAUCAUCAACUUUACCUGAAAUUUCACCGUCGUAUAAACCACUUCGUAGGCCUUUUGAAGACGAGAAAAGAAAAGCCGCUGUCCACAUCGACACGUCACAUAUUGGUAAAAGAGUUUAUGCAAGUAGAAAAGUGUAUGCUGGUAAAAGGACGAGAUAUUUAACUAAAGUACCAAAGCUUUUCGAUUCUUGUUUACAAGUCCUAAAGGACAAUGUACAAUAUAUAGAAAAUGUUGGAGCUAUUCCAGCGUCACUACUUAUGCCUAUCUUAGAGGCUUGCACACCAGAAAAACUUUAUGAGUUGGAAGAUUUUAAUCAUCAAUUUUUGGGUGAGACUGAUGACUUAUGGAAAAAAUUUUGCAAAGUUGACUUUAAAAAUUCAACACCGUCUGAAUUUGAAAGCUGGAGGGAAUUGUAUUUGCGUCUCAAAGAUGAACAAGAGGAAAAGCUAGCACGAAUAACGGAUAGGAUUUCACAAAGAAAUAAGAAUAAGGGCGAUCCCAAAAGGAAAACAAAAUUAGCUUUCGAAAACUCUAUUGCUAAACCUCCUAGAAGCGUAUUGAGAAAACAAAUUAAGAAUGGAGUGACUACACCUCAUGCGCUCCAAGUAAUUAAACCUGGCGCUAGGCCUUUUGUUUCUAAACCUAAGAAGAUAGUUCCUCCUCUCAUGCAGAAAACGCUCAAACUGUUGAGAAACGUGCGUCGUUAG